AUGGGGGCUGUGCCCAGCCGUGAGUCCUUGGGGCGCGGACUGUGCCAAAUACCAGAUUAUGGGCAGAAGCACAAAAUGGUGCUCAUUCCCUUAACGAGAGAGUUCUUCCCGUCACCCGACUGUUUGCUCUUACGGCAGCUCUUUGAGGCGCGGAGGGAUCCGUUUGUCCAUUACUAUCACACAUUCGAUGAGGGGUUUGCUAAGGCGCAAGCGCCAGAUCCUGCUGUGGACGCUGACGCCGCAAAACUUUAUGAUCUCCAGGGUCUUGUUGCUCCAUCAACCAGCGCCUCCGCUACCGCCCAUCUCGUUGAGGGCAAGGCAUGGCGUGCUGAUGACUUUGUGCCUUUUAGCUGUACACUGGAAGAGUUCUACGACUCGUAUGUGUGCCGUAUGGGCGAGCGCCGCAUAUACGAUACAGAUGAACAGAUGCUCAGGUUGUGCACGCGGGACCCGAACGCGAUCCGCCCUGUGCCGUGCGCGGUAGCGUUUGCUUAUAACUCUGCCCCCACGCCCUCCGUACUCGGUAAUAAAGAGGCGCUUGGUGGGGAGGUCAUGUUGCGUGAGGAUGGUAGUAAUAGUGAACUGGGUAACAGCGGUGGGGAAAGUAGAGCUGAGGUAGGGGAUGCAAAGGGCAGUACGCUAGAGGAAAGCAGCAUGCUUUUUGGAUUGUACGUGCGUAUCGUUGGUUUCGUUGGUGGUGUGAGUGACAUCUGCCCGCAUGGUUGUAACGAUGUGUUGCUGGAGGAUACGUUUCAACUACAAGUGUUUCUUAACAAGUCGGUUGGAGACCACAACUUUGUACACGCCUUCAUAACGGCCGUUUAUACCUAUGUAAGGCAAUGGCGUGAGGCAGCGGUGAUGCACAUAGGGAGUAUUGAGGACCAAAGGCAACCGACGGGACGUGGCUCGGUUGAGGUAGGGGAAGGGGGACAUUCUAAGGUUUCCUCCACUAUGAGUGGCGAGAAGCCGUUGAUGACACCUCCUGCUGCGUCUGUUGUUAUUGCAUGCAAGCGGACCAACGUUCCAAUGCUAUGUUUCCAGCGGGGGUUGCGAGCGAUGCUAUCACGACUCCUAGGCAUUGUGGAGUCCGAGGGGAUAAGUAACCCCGGAGGGCCGUGUUGUUGUCGGUGCCGCAGAAAAAAUGAUUGUAUUCUUCAGACGCAUAAAUUAGCAGCUGGGGUUCCGUUGGGUACGCCACAAGACGGCGAUACCAAAGUUGUCAGCGAAUGUUCUUCUGCUCCUUCUUUGGAAAAAACUACCAUGUUGGAGAAUGUCUUUGACAUGUGGUUGAAUGGCGACGUAGUGUUUGCAUGUAUUCCAAAGCAAAUUGUAGCACGUGCUUUGGAAUGUGUUGGGAUGCGCAUGGGUUGCCCAGAGUGCAUAAUGGACAUUGUGCGACCAAAACGUACUGAAACGCGGGCGGGCUGUAACACGGAAGUGAGGACGGCGCAGUCUAAUCCCCAUGUCGGAGUGGCCCGGGAUGUGUGCUCGCUGCACUCAACUGCCGAUGCUUUUUGCCCACAAGAUGCCGUUAACGCAUUGGCUACCACUGCCGCUAAGGGUUCCUCCUCAAAAGGCUAUGGGGGCGGUCUCAAAGUGUGCGACUCUGAGGCCGCUGCCACUGAACUACCUGCACAUCAAAAGCUGCAUGACGUAUUGGGCGAGACUGUGGUUGUGGAGGAAUGGCCAGUGGAUGGGAUCGAUCUGGUCAGCUUUACGAACGCCAAGGGGGAUACCAUCGACCGCCCGGCGCACUUGUAUUGGGUAGUUGGGCGUUCAGUGACUGCCCAAGAAACCGCAGCCUCUGCCUUUUUCUCAUGGUGGGCUGGUGGGAGGCUAACGGUUAUGGGAGGAGGAUGUGACGUGUCGAACGAAAGUGAGCACGAAAGAAGCAACAGUGGGAAGGGGAAAGUGGAUGAACGCUUGUCGGUCGGAGAGUUGCUUUACCUCAAUAUGAACCCAUGCCAGUCAAAUGCGAUGCGUCAGUGGGUUCUUCAGCGUACCACGCUCCCACUGGAGGAGCUUUUGCUAUCUGAACUACAUGACAGCUGCAAGCUGGCACGACAGGCGCCGGUUGAUGCAGAGAACUGGCUGCGCCAUACUGACAUCAGCGGCCCACGAGAGCGUGACAGGUCUCUACUGCUACCGCUAGGUGCUGAGGAUACCAAUGGGGAAGACUUGUCAGAGUUUGCUGUUGGUGUAAGACAACUUGUUGGCGAAGGUUCGCUUUGUUUGUGGCGGGUGACACUCGUGACAGGUGCAGUGCGCGCUAUAGCGGUCACACCGCACUUUCUUCGCCCGCCACGGAAAAAGCGGGCGCGCAGAAAGCCAACCCGGCGCCCGUAUGCUCCGGAGCAGGCUAAUGCAACAUCGACGGCGGUGGAUGGGGCUGCACCGGUCAACAGCUUUGGGCCCUCAGCGGAGACGCAGGCAUCCAAGGGCAGAAGAGCAACGAGGUCAAAGAUGGUAACAAGACGGUCGGUACCAUUACCAACAGCUGUCGUAUCGGAAGGUGUGCUAAGGAGCGACGAACGGUCCGCCAUGUCGCCAUCGUUGAGCCAAGGGCUCUGCAGGGAGGGCGGAGUCCCUCCGAUGGCUCCUCCUAACACCACGCCUUCUGUGGGUUUUGGUCGUGUGCGGACUCGGCAGCAGCCUUGCUGCUACGGAAACCCUGCGCUGGCUUCCCAUAUGGAGGUGCCUGCAUUUCCCCAAGGUCAACAAUCCGGUUUUGUUGCUUUCAACCAGCCAGUUGUCGAUUCUAGUCAUUCCCCCGUUUCUGAUGCAAGCUAUGCAAAUAGGCGUACGUCGACUCCUUUUCUGAGCCGCCGAACUUCAAGGGAGGAUCAACUUGGGUUUAUGCCUUACGACAGUUACAAUGUUUCGCGCCGCAUAAGCAGUGACGUAACAAGCCAACGCUUAUCUACGGCUUCCUUCACCCAUUUCCCUCGUUGGGACGGGUGUGGAACCAUCUGGCCCUACACAGGUUCGGAGGAACGGCCGAGUGUUACACGGCAUUCGUCAGCGGUGGGAGGUGGGUGCACUCCCUUUUUUCAGCCGGCAGAUGGAUGGUCAAAUUCCAUGCACUCACGUUCUGGCACCCGCGAGGACUUUCACCCUUCCUGUGCCCUCCACCGGACCGGCGGAGGUUUCAGCAGCAGCGGCGGCUGCAGCAGUGAAAGUGUUGCAGGUUGUGCCCGCACUCAAUUCGACUUCAUUUCUGCGUCUGGACUUGGAACUGAUGAGGUGUACGCCGAUGGGGCGGAGGUGAGAACCCCAACACUUAAUGUAACGGUGCGGCGUGGCCUGCAACACUGA